UCCCGUGUUUUUGUUUCUUCUCUGACUCCGUCGACUCUCUCUCUAUGUCUCUCUAUUCUUCGACUCCUCCGACAGCGAAAUCUCUCCGAUGCUUUUGAUCCGCCUCAGAUCUCUCGCUCUUUCGUCUUCUUCUUCUUUCCGAUUUGCACAUCGUCCUCUGUCAUCGAUUUCACCGAUAAAGUUACCGAAUUUUCGUGCUUUCUUUGGUACCGCAAUGACAGAUACUAAAGAUGCUGGUAAGGAUGCUGUUCAGAGACGUCUCAUGUUUGAAGACGAGUCAUCUGAUGGCUGUUCUCCUCUGUUUCUCUCUGUGACAUCUUCCCCUCUGUUUCAAUGAUGAUACUAGCAAUUCUUUAAAUUCUCCUUUGUAAUGUGUUUUACUCAUUGUUACUUGUAUUGUAAGACAAUGUUUUACAACACUUUGAAUUUUUUUUUUCUUAAGAACCCCUUGAUUCUUAACCAUUGGAGUAGUAAUUUGUUAAGAUCUUCUCUAA